AGGGGUUUCUUUUCCCUUCUUUAUCCACCUUCUUCUCUUUAAUUGGCUGCUCUUCUGCCCUCUCUUUCCCUUUAGCUGUCAGAUCCAGUGCUGGGAGGGCGGCAGGGAGUGCGGGAGCUGGGAGUACUUGGAGUACUGGGAGAGCCCAGUAAUGUGCAUCAGGCUGCAUCUCAUCUGCACAUCUAGUACUUCCAGAACCCACUAACUGGAUCUUGUGCAUCUGGGGUAUCUGAUCUGCGCAGACAAUAACCCUAAAACCCUGGGUGCAUCGAAACUGUGCAGCCAAUUCUUCUCUAAGGCACCGAGGGAUUCCCAUGCUGAUCAUCAUACAGGUUUGGUAACUGGACUCCAUUAAGAACCAUGAAGCCGGAACGGAACUUGCAGACAAUCGUAUUGCUGUCAUUUUUAGCAGUCGCCGUAUUUUUCGCCAUCCCUGGGCAAAGUCAAGUGACUCCGCCAACAAGGAUGAGAUACCACGUUGUGUCCCAGGACAGUGUACAGAUUUCAUGGAAAGAUUCCAAAGAUAAAGUUAAAGGAUAUAAACUUCUUAUCACACCCAAAUCAGGUGGGAAAACCAACCAACUGAAUCUUCAAAACUCCGCUACCAAAGCCAUCAUUCAAAGACUUGAUCCUGAUCAGAGUUAUAUUGUGCAGAUCAUUGCAUUUAAUGAAGACGAUGAAAGCACACCAGUUCAAGGGGAGUUUAGAUUGAAAGAUUUAGAGAAAAAAAGAAAAAUUCCCGAACCAAGCAAAGCCCAAAAGAAGGAUAAAACUGGCAACAAUCUUUCCGAAGGAGAAAAUCAGUUUUCAUGUAGAACCCCAGCGGUUGCCGACAUUGUGAUUCUGGUGGAUGGAUCAUGGAGCAUUGGCCGACUCAACUUCAGGCUUGUGCGGCUCUUCUUGGAGAAUCUGGUUGCUGCCUUUAAUGUUGCUUCGGAUAAAACAAGAAUAGGUCUUGCACAGUACAGUGGAGACCCAAGAAUAGAAUGGCAGCUGGAUUCUUACUCUAACAAGGAUGCAGUGAUAGAUGCUGUCCGGAACCUUCCUUACAAAGGCGGCAACACACUGACAGGGCUUGCCUUGACUUACAUUCUGGAAAACAGUUUUAAGCCAGAAUCAGGAGCAAGGCCGGGGCUUCCGAAGAUUGGUAUUUUGGUUACCGAUGGGAAAUCCCAAGAUGAUGUUAUUCCACCUGCCAAAAGUCUGAAAGAUGCUGGAAUUGAACUGUUUGCAGUCGGUGUAAAAAACGCGGACUUAAAUGAACUCAAGGAAAUCGCCUCGGAACCUGACAGCUCUCAUGUUUACAAUGUUGCUGAUUUCAAUGUCAUGGACACGAUUGUGGAUGGACUCACAAGGACCGUGUGCCAGAGAGUGCAAGAACAAGAAAAUGAUAUCAGAGGAACCACGGUUACUUCAGUCACUGGAUCUCCAUCAGAACUGGUCACGUCGGAGAUCACAGCCAGAGGAUUCCGUGUUAGUUGGACUCAUGCACCAGGAAAAGUUGAAAAGUACAGAGUUGUGUACUAUCCAAGUAAAGGAGUGCAGCCAGAAGAGGUUGUUGUCGAUGGCAGUGUCUCUACCACAGUGCUGAAAAACUUGAUGUCCCUUACAGAAUACCAGUUAGCAGUGUUUGCUGUUUAUAUUAACAGUGCCGGUGAAGGCCUUCGAGGUUCUGAAACCACAUUGGCGCUUCCAAUGGCAUCGGAUCUGCAGUUAUAUGAUGUCACCCACAGAAGUAUGAGAGCUAAAUGGGUCGGAGUCGCUGGCGCUACUGGUUACAUGAUCUUAUACGCUCCUCUUACUGAAGGGUUAGCAGCAGAUGAGAAAGAGAUGAAAGUUGAUGGGUCACUCACAGAUGUUAAGUUGGACGACCUGACUCCUAACACAGAAUACGCAGUGACUGUCUAUGCCAUGUUCGGAGAAGAAGCCAGCGACCCACUCACUGCGCAGGAGACAACGUUGCCUUUAAGCCCACCCAGGAACAUUCGAUUUACAGCCAUUGGGCACAGCAGCGCCACAGUAUCUUGGGAUCACUCCAACAAGAGAGUCAAUGGGUAUCGGAUUAUGUACGUGAAAACCGGACGGGCAGAAACCAACGAUGUGGUAGUUGAUCGAGUGUCAACCUACAAUCUGAAGCAGCUGUCGUCCCUCACUGAGUACACCGUCGCCAUUUUCUCCGUUUUUGACGAAGGAGAAUCUGAGCCGUUAACCGGCACUUUCACCACAUUAAAAGUACCGAAUCCCCAGAGCCUGGAAGUCGGUGACAUAACCACACACAGUUUCAGAGCGUACUGGAAACAAUUUGCUUCAGAUAUCGUGAUGUACAGACUGGUAUGGACGCCACUGAGUGGAGGGGAAUCUCAAGAGAUUGUCCUGAAUGGCGACAUCACCUCUCAUCUCAUUGAUGGAUUAACACACAGCACGGAGUACAAGGUCUCAUUAACUGCCAUAUUCGGGGAUGAGACAGAGAGCGAUGCCUUAGCUGCCAUGGCCACUACAUUGAGAAGGACCACGACUGUGGCUACAACAGCAAAAGUAACCACCGCAGUUGUCCGAUUGGGGAUAAGAAACCUGUUGAUAGAUGAUGAAACCACGUCCAGCCUGCAAGUAUCCUGGCAAAUAACUGACGGCAACAUCCGCCAUUAUAUAGUCACUUACAUUAACCCUUCUGGUGCCGAAGAAGAGAGAAUGGUGCCCGGGAGGCUGAACGAGGUGGUGCUGCAGCCUCUGCUCUCAGACACAGAGUAUAAAGUCACCGUUACGCCUGUGUAUUUCAAUGGAGAGGGAAACAGUGUGUCGGCAUCUGGAAAAACAUUGCCUUUACUCGCUCCCAGGAACUUGCGCGUCUCAGAUGAAUGGUACAACAGGCUUAGGAUUACUUGGGACUCCCCUCCUUCUCCCACCAUGGGCUACAGAAUCGUCUAUAAACCUGUGAAUGUGCCAGGACCAGCUUUGGAGACAUUUGUUGGGGAUGAUAUUAACACCAUCCUCAUUCUGAAUCUUCUGAGUGGAACGGAAUACAGCCUGAAAGUACUUGCCUCGUACCCCACUGGUUUCAGCGAUGCCUUAACCGGCCUAGGAAAGACAUUGUACUUGGGAGUGAAGGACCUGAAUGCCUAUCAGAUAAGAAUGAGAAGCCUGUGUGCCCAAUGGCAGCUGCACAGCCACGCAAUGGCCUACAGAAUCAUCAUAGAGUCGCUCAUGGAUGGGUCAAAGCAGGAGGCUUCGCUUGGUGGAGGAACUUCCAGGCACUGCUUUCAUGAGCUUUUCCCCAACACCAGGUAUAGGAUAACUGUAUAUGCACAGCUCCAGGAGGCUGAAGGACUGGGUGUGAGCAUUGUGGAGACCACAUUACCAGUACCAACUGCAGAGCCUACACUUCCACCAACUACUCCACCCCCUCCAACCAUUCCUGUUGCCAGAGAAGUGUGCAAGGCUGCCAAGGCUGAUCUGGUUUUCCUGGUGGACGGAUCUUGGAGUAUCGGAGAUGACAAUUUCAACAAGGUCAUUAAAUUCUUGUACAGCACUACUGGAGCCCUGGAUGAGAUCGGGCCUGAAGGUACCCAGGUUGGAAUAGCCCAGUUCAGCGAUGAUGCAAGGACAGAAUUUAAACUGAAUUCCUAUAAGAACAAAGAUACCCUGCUGGAUGCCAUUCAGCGCAUAUCAUACAAAGGGGGAAACACCAAAACAGGCAGGGCCAUAAAGCAUGUCCGAGAUGACCUGUUCACUUCUAAUUCGGGAAUGAGAAAGGGAGUUCCUAAAGUGCUGGUGGUGAUAACAGAUGGGCGCUCCCAAGAUGAUGUCAACAGCAUUGCCAAAGAAAUUCAACUGGACGGUUUCAGUAUUUUUGCCAUCGGCGUGGCGGAUGCAGACUAUGCAGAGCUGGUUAAUAUAGGCAGCAAGCCCAGCGAGAGGCAUGUGUUCUUUGUGGACGACUUUGACGCUUUUAAGAAGAUUGAAGACGAACUGAUCACUUUUGUGUGUGAAACAGCAACUGCCACUUGCCCGUGGGUCUUCAUCCAAGGAAACAGCGUAUCAGGCUUUAAAAUGAUGGAAAUGUUUGACCUGGUGCAGAAAGAAUAUGCGGAUAUGGAAGGCGUCUCGAUGGAACCAGGGACCUUCAAUAAUUUCCCUUGCUACAGACUGCACAAGGAUGCCUUGCUGUCUCAGCCGACUAAAUAUAUCCACCCGGAAGGUCUCCCCUCAGACUACACAGUGUCCUUCCUCUUCCGCAUCCUUCCUGACACCCCCAAAGAACCAUUCGCUCUGUGGGAGAUCCUGAACAAAGAAUAUGAGCCUCUGGUCGGGGUUAUAGUGGACAAUGGUGGCAAAACAUUGACGUACUUUAACUACGAUUACAAGGGGCAGUUCCAAACCAUCACGUUCGAAGGGCCCGAAGUCAGGAAAAUAUUCUACGGCAGUUUCCACAAGGUCCACAUUGUCAUCACCAAAACCACUUCCCGACUGAUUAUUGACUGCAAGCAAGUGGCCGAGAAGCCAAUAAACGCAGCGGGGAACAUCACCACCGACGGGCUGGAAGUCCUGGGAAGAAUGGUCAGGUCAAGGGGACCAAAGGACAACUCCGCACCAUUCCAGCUACAAAUGUUUGAUAUCGUUUGUACAACCUCCUGGGCAGCCCGUGACAAAUGCUGUGAAUUGCCAGCAAUGAGAGAUGAAGCGACCUGCCCAUCCCUCCCAAACACUUGCUCUUGCGCACAAGACAGCAAAGGAGUCCCCGGACCACCAGGACCACCGGGCGGUGCUGGGAUGAGAGGUCCAAAAGGAGCACAGGGAGAAAGUGGACGAGCCGGACCUGAGGGGCCACGAGGUCAAACUGGUGCACCAGGUCCACAGGGUCCGCCCGGACCACAAGGUCCAAGUGGACUUUCAAUUCAAGGGCCGCCUGGUCAACAGGGUGCAAAAGGGGAUAAAGGAGAUGUCGGUUUUCAAGGACAACAGGGUAUCCCAGGAGGCUCAGGUUCCCCCGGGCGUGACGGAGCUACAGGUCCACGGGGAUUGCCAGGAAAGGAUGGAUCGAAUGGCCCCCCAGGACCUCCUGGGCAAAUGGGAUCUCCAAGUAAUCCAGGCUCUCCAGGAGUCCCAGGAAGCACAGGGUCCCAAGGUGAAAAUGGCCCCCCGGGGCCUCCUGGUGUUAAGGGGGAAAGAGGUGAAAGGGGGGACACUCAAGCCCACAGUGUGGUGCGCUCCAUUGCCCGCCAAGUCUGUGAACAGAUCAUUCAGAAUCACAUGUCCAGGUUUAAUUCUCUCUUAAAUCAGAUACCAAGCCAAUCUGUAUCAGUCAGGGCUGUACCAGGGCCACGGGGAGAACCUGGAAGAACAGGGCCAGCAGGUCCUUCAGGAGAACAGGGAUCUCCAGGAAGAACAGGAUUCCCCGGAAAUCCGGGACAGCCAGGAACCCCUGGAGAAAGAGGUUUACCGGGUGAAAAGGGAGAAAGAGGCAACCCCGGUGUGGGAACACAAGGACCAAGGGGGCCACAGGGGCCUGCAGGACCACCAGGUGAGGGAAGAACUGGUAGCCAGGGCCCAGCCGGGCAACCAGGACAAAGAGGACUGCCAGGUCCACAGGGAAUUCCUGGUUCCACGGGUUCUACUGGCCAACCCGGAUACUGUGACCCUGCCUCUUGUGCUGGAUAUGGGGUUGAAGGUGGAUACGGUGAUCCCACGGAUCAUGAUCAAGACAUUCCUGUGGUCCAGUUGCCACAUAACACUUAUCAAAUCUAUGACCCAGAGGACGUUUAUGAAGUGGAGCGGGACCCCUAUGGCUCAUAGCCGGUGCCUUACCCACAGACUUACUCCAAUCCCAGCGUGGCUGAGCGAGCUGUGGUGGCCGAGGAGUCGGACAGUACUGAAGUGAGGUCACAGGCCAUGAGUCGAUUUGCCAGGAGUUUAGUCCAAAGACAAGAUAAGCCCCUGAAUGAUGUUCAAGAUUGUUAAAUCAACUGUGUGCUCCAAGUCUUGUCCAACAAGGCAACAGCCAUUGGUCCACAUUGUACAUAAAUAGUCCUUCAACCUUGUUAACUGUCUGGAAAUUGUUUACAUAAAUUCGGUGGAAAUCAGAAAUAUCCUCCAGGUCGAAUAAUGUACUGUGACACAGGGAAUAUGCACUGAUCUUUUCUUCCACAGAAACCCUCAGAAGAUGUUCAUGGAUUCACUCAGUGGUGUCCUGGUGAUAGGAACGGCAACUCCAUGAUCCAAGUACCACAGUGUCGGACUGGGAUGUCAGGGGCCCACCAGAAAACCUUAGAUCACGGGCCCACUUUCCAAACUAUUAGUC